AUGGCAGUUUCCACCAACGAGAAGACGCUGAUGCUGCACCACCGUUGUACUACUACGUUUCACGAGACGGACUGGAGUGCCCGCCAUAAGAACCACGUGGUCGCCAAACCUCCCCUGGUGAUUUACCCUGUGUAUGACGGUAAGACCAGACUGAUGCCCUCCGCCUGGCCCCCCAGGGAGCUGAGCUUUGACAAGUUGAUGUUCAGGCUCCCUUUUAAUCCUGCCAUACCCGUCAGUGUGUGGGACGGGUUCCAUCUCAAGUCUUUGAAGGUCAACAUAAAAGACUCCAGCACAAGUGAGUGCAGCUCAGUCAACGACCCUCAUAUAAGAUCCUUCGACCGCAGAUAUUUUGACAACCAUGCUCUUGGGGAGUUUAUCAUGGCAAAAUAUGUUGGACCCAAUACUUACUUUGAGGUUCGCACCCAGCAUUGGCAGUGUUCGAAAUCCCGAGCAAAGUGCAACUGCGGAGUGGCCGUCAGAGAAAACAACGAUAUAUUCGUCAUCAACGCCUGCCGAGGUCAAAGUGGGGGUAUGGCCGGGAAAGCGCUGAAUCCCCAGGUGUGGACGCGGUCAGCUGAUAACUGUGGUCACGGGACCGGAUGUCCAGCUCCUGGCGCCGCCAUUCACAGAGACGGGAAUGGGAAAAGCUUCAAGAUCACCCUGCCCUCCGGAGCGUGGGUACAGGUGAGCACGGGACACUGGAUGGGCAUGAACGUGCACGUGCACGCGCCAAGCUAUUUCAUGAACCAGAUGAAAGGCAUGUGCGGUAAUUUUAAUGGUGAUCGUGUUGAUGACCAACACUCCAGCGCUUUCCUUGAGUCGCUCAGAGUUCCACCUCAAGGAACAUAUUUUCAGGCUAACGUCAAAAUCCCAGAGAUAGUGAAGUCUGUGGGUUCCCAAGGCAACAACUCAGCUUACUGUCACUGUCAGUCUGUGAACAAAAACGUCAAUACAAACGCGCUCGUGUGUGACUUCAACCGCCACAUUGCUGACAGCGCCAACCUUAAUGGAUAUACAAAAAUUAAUACCCCAAUUCUUACCCGAUAUCCCGCAGGAAAUGGAAAACGCAGCGACGCAGUGAAUAGUCCGGCAGACGAUGAUGAGAUAGUGGACCUCAGUCUGUAUAGUUAUCCAUUUGAUUAUGCAGAAAAUACGCCAAUAACCGUGCCCACGUUUUCUUGGCCCACUCCUGGGGGUCGCACCCAAAGAUAUGCCCUGGACUUGUGUCACUCUGCUCUACGAAAUUCCUCUGUUUACAGCCUGUGUCAUAAAGUUCCAGACUUUGACAACUCUUUCAUUUUGUCGCAAUGUGUGGCCGACAUACAGAUGUUAGACGAGGAGACGGUGGCCCUGGAGACAGCCAGGGAUACAUUUGAGGCCACAUGUCAGGUCGAGGUAGAAAAGCUUGAAUUCCCCCCUCUGCCCGCCAGUGGGACUCCAGUUGCUGUACCAGCCAACCUACGUGAACUGGCAGCCAUCGUCAACUCAGGGGCCAUCAGCAGUAAAGUGUGCCCUAGCCACUGUAGUGGUAACGGGGACUGUGUCAACGGGAAAUGUCAAUGUCGACCCCCUUACGUGUCCCAAGAUUGCUCCUUACGGGACUCCCAGCCUCCUGUAGUGUCUGAAAUUCAAGAUGGAGGCAUAUGUGACGUCAGACGCAGGACAUGCAAGAAGUUCCGUCUUGGCGUGUCUAACAUAAUGGAGGGUAAGGACUUCAAGUGCCAGGCAACAGUUGCUAAGAUUGAUCUAUCCACCAGUAUCCGUACCCCAGGCAUGGUCUCGGACACCACUGCAGAUAUGAUUUCCUUCGCAGAAAUGACAUGCGCAUUACCGCCACACUCUGUGAAGAUAUUUGACGGUGUGACGUCAUCACCAGGCACACCUGCCCUCGGUUUCACUCUUGCCGUCAGCAAUAACGGGAAAGACUAUUCCAACGCCGUGAACGUCACAGUCUAUGACUCCAAGUGUGUCAUGUGUACCGGCCAUACCUGUGUCAGAAAGGCUGGCACGUGCGUAAUUAACGGGUACUGUAUUGCGGACGGUGAGAGUCACCCUGGAGAUCCCUGCCAGGAAUGUGACGUGAACUCCAGUACAGACCAAUGGACCAGACGGACAGAUGGGAAGUGCGCCAAGACGUGCUACUGUAAGCCAGGUUUCCAAUGUAACCCCUCCACGAUCACCUGUGAAGAUAUCAACGAAUGCCAGAAUACAAGUAUAUGUGGUCUCUACGAAGACUGCCGUAAUACUGAAGGCAGCUUUUAUUGUUAUAGUAAGUGCUAA